GCCCUUCCUCCCCAGUGGACAACUUCCAGUGGUCAAGAAAACCCCUAUAAAUCCAAUGCCCCAAGGUUCACUGGCCAAACUUCACUCCUCCUAUUUUCUGGUUAAUCAUUCUCCACUGCAAGCUCCACUGAAGGCAGCUUUGCAGGGAUCAGCUUUGGACUUACAAGCUAUUUGCUGACCCCAGAAAGUGGUGCUGGGAGGAAGUACAGGUCUGGGAAGGCAGGGAAGGUCUCCUGCUCCUGCCUGGCUUUUCUUACUCACUCCAUCCUUGGAGAUCAGAAGGCCUGGUUAUGAUCCAGCAGCAGCUGAGACAGCUCCUGCCAGAGAGGGAGGUGGAUCCCCACGCUGCCCUGGCCCUGCUCGGCAGCUCGGUGGCCGCCGUGGUGGUGUGGAAAUGGCUGCGCAAAAGGCAGAUCCAGAAGAAGAUGGAAGAGGCUCGGAGGACCAGGGAUGAGGGUGUGAAGAAAAUAGCAAAGGCUGUCCAGCAGUUCAGGAAGCAGGUCCCCAGUGUCCAGAAGGAUGCCAUCCUGUCCCUGCCCCUGCUGGAACUCACUGCAGGACUGCGAGAAGGGGCUCUGUCCCCCAAGACUGUCCUCUACACCUACUUAGAAAAGGCCCUGGAAGUGACCCAGCAGACAAACUGCUUGAGACAUUUUAUCCCAGAAUGCGAGGAGCAGCUCCAGGAAAUACAACGGCAGAAGGAGAAAGGGCUGCUCUAUGGUAUCCCUGUCAGCAUCAAGGAUCACAUUGGCAUCAAGGGGCAUCUGUCGACCUGUGGGCUUGUUCAGUGCCUGGACACUCCUGUGCAGGAGGACAGUGUCCUAGUCAAGGUUUUGAAGAGACAGGGGGCCAUCCCAUUUGCAGUGACCAAUGUGCCACAAUCCCUCUUCAGCUAUGACUGCAGCAACCCCAUCUUUGGCCAGACCUUGAACCCCUGCAACCCCCAGAAGAGCCCAGGAGGCUCCUCAGGAGGGGAAGGAGCUCUGAUUGCAGGGGGAGGCUCCAUCCUGGGCAUUGGCUCGGACAUCGGGGGCAGCAUCCGCCUGCCCUCCAGCUUCUGCGGGCUGUGCGGGCUCAAACCCACAGGCAACAGGGUCAGCCUCUCUGGAGCAACUGGCCCAAUCAAUGGGAUUCUGGCAGUUCCUUGUGUGCUGGGGCCGAUGGCGAGGGAUGUGGACAGCCUGGCCCUGUGCAUGAAGGCACUGCUCUGCCAGGAGAUGUUCCAGCUGGACCCCACCGUGCCCCCCAUCCCCUUCAAUGACGAGGUGUACUCCAGCUCUGCUCCCCUGCGGGUUGGGUACUACGACACAGAUGGCUACUUCCCACUGCCCCCCUGUGCGCGGCGAGCGGUGCAGGAGACCCGGGCGGCUCUGCAGGCAGCCGGGCACCAGCUGGUGCCCUUUUCUCCACCCCGGGUCCAUUAUGUCAUGACUGAACUCUUUUUGAAGACCUUUUUUGCUGAUGGAGGCCGUGCUUGGUUGGAUGUGUUCACAGGAAAUAUUGUAGAUCCAAGCUUGAAAUCACAGCUGAGUUGCUGCAAGAUCCCAAGGCUGGUGAAGAAGAUACUGGCUCUGAUUCUUAAACCUUUGUUUCCUCGCCUGGCUGACUAUCUGAGCGCCUUGAGUGGAAUGAGGUCAGUGAAGGAGAUGUGGAAUCAUCACCAUCAAAUAGAGGCAUACCGCGCUGAGUUCAUCACCCGGUGGAGGGAACUCCAGCUGGAUGUUGUGCUGUGCCCUGUCCUGGGGCCUGCCUUCACCACAGGAUACCCUGGGAAACUCCUCACUGCCAUCUCCUCCACGAUGCUGUACAAUGUCUUGAACUUCCCUGCUGGGAUUGUACCUGUCAGCAAGGUGACAGAAGCUGAUGAGGAAGAGCUAAAGCUUUACCAAGGAUGUUGUGAUGAUGCUUGGGAUCGGACACUGAAACAGGCUGUGGCAGGAGCCGUGGGGCUGCCCGUGGCCGUGCAGUGCGUGGCCUUGCCCUGGCAGGAGGAGCUGUGCCUGCGCUUCAUGAAGGAGGUGGAGACCCUCAGCCGCAAGAAGUGAGCAGCAUAGCUCCACCGUUCCACCCCUGCAGGGCCACCAGUGAGGCCCAAGGGACAGCAAGUGACCUCCCUUCUGCAACUGGUGCUGCAGGGAUUACAGCAAGAAGGGGAAGAAGGAAAAGCCAUUGUCUGAUUACCCUCCAUGCCAAUAAGCACAGGCCCCGUAAGGAACCAAGAUGCCAUGUAGAGGGAAGGACUGGCUUAAACUGUGUGCGUAUGAUGGUAAAUCUAUCAACUGCACCUUCCUGGAAGGAUGGACGUGGAUGGGGGUUCACCCUCACUGUCAUCCAUGCCACCUCUUGCAGAAGCAGGGGGAGGUGGAGAGAAGAGGAUUACCAAAGCUCUGCAGUAUUUUCUUGCUGGGAUUGGAGUAACCUCACACAGACGUAACUGUGGGCUGUCCUGUAAGAAAGACAGCCAUGUCUACCCUUCCCAUCACUGUAGUUUGCUCACAAAAAAUAAAAAUGCAGCUAUUAAGCAACUCUUACCAUAAA